UCAUUGUACUCUGAACUGAAGUGAAAUCUGAAAAUAUUCACACUGAAGAAAAGUUGGCUUUUUAAGUCUUUAUAUUUGGUUAGAAAUCAAAGUCAAACAUGAACAAUUUCACAUAUGGGUAUUAUUUGGUCCAAGCAAUGAAGGAGCUAAGUCCACCCACUGCUUGGCAUCAUAUAGUGGCAAGGGCGCUCAGAAAUAUGAAUUGCAAUUGGAGGCGCAAAUACAACGAACUUCAGCUGCGCAAAGCUCUGGACGUUGGGCUACGUUUUGGCAUCAUAUGUGAGGCUUGCGACAGGUAUUACCUCUACGAGUACGGGCGAGUGCGUUCGACAGGUGAAAUCUCGUAUGACUUUAAGCAAAAUGAAUUUGAUCCAAAGGACAUCCAAUAUGACAGCGACGACGAGCCACUUAAAUUUCCAAUGAAACGAAAGUGCGAAGAUGAUGACAUAAAUAUGGUAACGCCCUGGAAUUUACGGAUGAUCGUAACGAUGACACGAUCGAGAGUGGGAGUGGGAUUCCAUGAGAAUAGACUUAAGUUAUUAUAGAAGAAUUUUAGAUAU